GCGCUAUUGUUGAACAGUCCGUGCGCCCCUGAGCUGCUGGCGGACACUGGGUCUCCGAGCGGAGCGCGCUGCAGUGAUACACCUUUCCGUCGUGAACUCUGUGUGGACGCUAACUCUGCGGAGGUGCAAGGAGAAGUUCGUGAACAGUUUUGGGCUUUGCAUCGAGAGACUCGCCGACAAAAGUGGAUACAAGUUGCGAGUGGGAGCUGCUCCAGCGUAUUCCCGCGGACUUUGGAUUACUUUGCCAAGAUUCUCAAGCCUGCCAUCAUCAUGUUACGUUACUUCCUGUUACUCCUCCUCUCCUCUGGUCUGGUGUUAUCCUCUGACUGCCCGGCAGACUGUUCCUGCCAGGUCCAGGGAUCGAUAUUCUGCAUUCAUCGACGCUCCGGCACUGUGCCAGUUGUCCCCACCACCACUCAGAAUCUCUAUAUCUUCCAGAAUGGCAUUGUUACUUUGUCUCAAGACGACUUUAAAGGCCUUGUGGAGUUGGAGAUGCUAGAUCUGAGCCAGAAUGAGCUGGCAGAGAUUCCAGAUGGUGUGUUUGAAAUGCUGUCAAAACUGAAGAACUUAGAUCUGUCCUCUAACCACAUUACCCACAUUUCCAAAGACAGUUUCUCUGGGUUGGUCCAGUUGGAGAGGCUGUACCUCCAUUCAAACCGCAUUCAGAGCAUUCAUUUGGAAGCUUUUGAUGGUUUAGAGAUGCUACUGGAACUCAAACUGCAAGGGAACCAGCUCACCUCUCUGCCAUCCCUUAAUUUCCCAAGGCUUCUCCUUCUAGACCUCAGCUACAACAACAUCCCAACGCUGGGACCGUCAGACCUUCAGACUCCCCACCUGGAGGCCCUGAAGGUGGCCUCUUUAGGCCUUACUUCUGUGGAUGAGGAUCUCAUAGCCUCUCUGAAGAACCUCCAUGAGCUCGACAUCUCAGUAAACCAGUUAGUUGAGGUGCCCCAGGCCUUAAAGCAGGACUCCCUAAAGGGGCUGAUCAGGCUGAGCCUGGCUGCCAAUCCAUUGGGUGAAUUGAGGGUAGAAGACUUCCAGAAACUAACUGGACUUCAAGAACUGGAUCUCAGUGGACUUAAUCUUCAAGGAUUUCCCCAGAAUUUUUUCCAAACCUUCCCUAGAUUGGUGCACCUGACAGCUGCUGAGAACCCAUUCAACUGCUUGUGUCCAUUAGCAUGGUUCCCUAUCUGGCUAAAAGAGAAUGACGUGACACUUGGGAGGCCUGAGGAAACCAGAUGUCACUUUCCUCUAGUUAAUGCAGGGAAGAAGCUUUCAUCACUGGAGCACCAAGAUUUUGGAUGUCCACCAACCACAACAGUGCUGAUUGGCCCCCCCAUCGGAAGCACUGUUGUUCCCCAGAUGCCAACCACAUCUCCAGAAACCACCCACACCAAUGCUAUUCCUCCUCCUCCACCACCGAGUGAAGAAACCAUCUCCUCAAAAACAGAUAGCUACCCCCUUCCACCAGAACCCCCAGUCUCUCCUAGCUCCACUAGUGGGGAAAAUGAGCAGCACAUCUGCCCACCAAACAUCUGCCUCAAUGGGGGUACCUGUAAUUUUGACCCACAGGGUGAACUCAGCUGUAUGUGUCCCUCAGGUACUACUGGCCUGUACUGUGAAAAUGUGGAUGAGGUUCCUGAGCCACCAAAACCUUCAACAACAGCAGUGUCUGAAGUUGCCCCCGUGAUGCCUGAUAAACCUGAUGCCAUCAGCUCACGACAGGUCACCUCAACAUCAAUCCUUCUUGAUCUGCACCGCUUCAUCGAGACACGGCCACAUAUCCGUGGCAUCAGGUUGACCUACCGUAACCUCUCAGGGCCUGAUCGGCGCCCCAUGAUACUGAGUGUACCGGCAUCCUACCCUGAAUACACUCUGCGUGGUUUGAGACCCAACUGUACCUACUCUGUCUGUGCCAGCCCCCUGGGUGAGAGAAUCAACUCUAGAGCUAACAGCUCGUGUACAGAGGCUCGCACAGAAGGACUUCCACUGACAUCCUUAGAGCCCUGGGUGGAAACAAAGACCUCUGUGACAUACACUCGCAUAUCUGCUUUGGCUGCUCUGGCACUGGUGCUGGGAUUGGCUGUGGUGGCUGGGACGAUCAUUUGUCUACGGAAGAGGAGGCAGGCCAAUGGAGGAAUGGAGCUAGAACUAGGUCCAGCUGAUCCUGAUCCCAUGGAACUGGAAGGGAUAAAGGCUUGCUUGGAGAAUGGUGGGAAUGGUACACUACCCCUUAAGCAGCCUGACAUUGAUUCUUGUCACACUCCUCAGCAGCCUCAAUUCUUGCAACAAAAUGGGGGUUUGGACUAUGAAGCACCCUUAAUGCAAGGACACUGUCCGUCAAAUAACAACGUAGCGUCCCUAAAGCCGUCUUAUUUCUAACACUUGGGAAGAUUUUGGAAAAUAGUGCCCAUCAGGACUUCCUGAUCCUGCUAUGGCUAACUUAGUGGUUAAAAUCUAAUUUUCAUUCCAUUUUCAGAUAUCCACAGUUUGAGAAGUGGCACUUAAUAUCUUUUGUUGUUCAAAUGAUGACACUACACGAUGGAUGAUCUAUUUCAGAGACACUGAAUGAUGGAUUUAAAUUACAGCACAUUGGAAAUGUGUGAAACCACUGUAGAACAAUGAAGAGGAUGUGGUUUAAAGUCAAGCAGAGUUUGAUGGUGGUGAAACCGAACCAAGUGAAUAAAUUAAGUGCAAUCGACGAGAAGGGUCUUAGUAGCAGACUGAAAACGGAAGUGCCUUUUUGCAUUGACACAACUGUAACUGACAGCUCAUUUUCUAAAAAUGUCUUUGUUUGUAUAAAAGAAACUAUGUGAAUGAGCUGCAAUCCUGUUGCUGGAUUUGGGAGACGUGGUGUGGAGAAAGUGCCUCAGCGCUGGGGCUACAGAACUGGAGGACAUGGCAGUGGUUUAAAUGAAAACAGUGAUGGAGAUGUACACUUGCCUCGACCACAUGUCUCAGUACAAAUGGAGUUUCUCCAACUGCUCCAUGGGGAUUAUGAAAAAUGACUUGCACUGAAAGAAAUACUAAUUUUCCUUUCCAAUGUUCCACUCACAGACUGCCAUAAGAUUGAUAGUAAUAAGGAAAUGCAAUAAAAAAAAAAAACAGCAAUAAGUUGAUUAUCAUAAAAACUGUCUAAUCUGAAACUUCAAAGUUUCUUCACACGCAGAUUUGGAUUCUUCAGUCUCAACAGAUCUACCAUAAUUCUCUCACUCUCCGUAGCUUUUGGCUUCGUGGGAGAUAAAUUUGCUGUGAAAGAUAAAUGAGGAUGGACUUUGCCUGCAUUGUUCUGUGCCGUGAUGGACAUGCUGUUUUGUCUAGUUGAUAUCAUGAUACUCCGUUUUUGACAUGUGUUUUUGUAUUUUUACCUUGUUUUUGCUGUUCAUGUAAAUUCAGUAUUGCUAUUGUUGUGAAUUGAAACAUUCAUUGUUCCUGCUUAAAAAAGCCUACAUCAAUCACGACAGUUUCUGAGCAUUUACAAUUUGCAUUUUAGGCUAAACCUUUCCUAAGCUACUUGCAGUUGACUGCAGAAGUAAAUAUAAGUUCUUGGAAGACCAAAUCUCAAAGCAACAAGCAGAAAUUAAAUAUCUACUUUAACAGUGCAGUCUAUCUUCAAAAAUGUGUAACAGCGAUGUUGGUCCACAGCACGAGAAAUUGUGAGAUGCCGACGUUUCUUUGGCCAUUUCCUUUCGGUGACUAAACAAGUUUCUCGUCAUGGUUUGAAUCCGUUAUCGGCCCAAUGCUUUGUGGUGCUUUUACUUGCUGUUUACCUUAAUUUUUAGUCGUUUUUGUGAAUUUUUUUUUACACCACAAAACUAAUUUUUAUGACCAAAAGUAUUUGGUUACAUUUGAAGAAGUGGCACAGUUUGGGUUCAAAUACACCCAUCAAAGUGCUUUUCAGUUACUGCUUAUUUUGAGUCACUGUUUUCUAUCAUUUUCAGUUGCUUUUGUUUUUUGUUUACCCUACAAAGCUACUUGGUUAAGUUUUGGCGUGUAAAGUGUGUGACAAGUCCAACCCCAAGAAUAGAUCCUAAAACACGCAUUUCACAACUUUACUGCCUUUUUUGUGCAACUCAUUUGCUUUGCACUGGGGAUCAAUGUAGCUGUUGCACAUUUUUUUUUUGCAAGACUGGGCUGGUCAAAACUUAUUAAGGAAAAGAAGAACCUUAAAACUCAGUCAUCUUUACAUCGAGUACCGAAUUCUUUUUGCCAGCAUAUGCCUGAGGAACUCACCAAGUGAAUGUAACUGUUUAGCGUCAGACACUUUAUUCUCUCUGCCAAGUCUGCCGACGCUCCAUAAAGACAUGGUUAAGACAAGCCUCAGACUGUUUUUGAACACCAAAGCUUCCAAAUUUGUGUUCAAAGGCCUUUUGCCUCAGAGCCUGCUCCUAUAAAGCAGCACACACGUGCCAAGAAAAGAAAGUAAGUUCAAAGAGAUUCAAGACAAUUUGCAGUGUCAGUGAGUUUUGGGCGCUUGUUUCCUCUCGGCGCUGCGGAUCAUGAGAUAUGGUUCCAAUAGUGCUACCCUGUAGGUUUUUUUCUUCUCUCAUACCUUCUUGCUCACCAUCCAGUGUGGUUUCGGUUAACAAUGAUUAUUGGGAGGCGAUUUUGUUUGUUUUCUACCAUCCAGACUGUGAAAUGUACAGGCUAAAUGCAACAUUGUGGUGUAUUUGUUCUCCUUUUCCUGUCUGGGGCUGGGAUUGUGACAAGCUUUUAGCGUUUGAAUGUUCCUUUUUUUAUAUCUUUUCCCUAAAAAAGAAAAAAGUCAGGAAAAUAAUUAGAGACCAUUCAGUAUAAUGGCUUUACAGACAUGCCUUAGCAACAUUACUACAGAGUCUUACUGACAUCUUGUAGUGUCAUGUUACAUGCUGAUGUGCAUUUCCAGAACAAAGGGGCCUUUAUUUUGUCUUAAACACAUUGUAUUGCUUUACAUUAUGAACUAAAAAUGAAGAAUCGUGGAAUUGCAGGUAGUUGAUUUAGUCAGGUUUAAAAAAAACAAACAAACAAAAAGGCCUUACUCGAUUCUUGGUUAUCUACCAGGAGAAAGCUCAGAUGACUGGGUGUUAUCAAUUGGUUUGUUCAGGUGUGUGUACGUAUGUGUGUGUGUCUGUUUUCUGCUUCUCCUUCUACACACUGUUGAGUCCACGCACAGCACUCCAACACUGUCGAGAAUCAACUCACCGUUUUCUGGCAUCACUGCAUUCUGUCAAUAUUCCAGCAUAAACACACACACAGAUGCUCAUAUAUCUGCUUUCCUCCAACAUAUCAACUGGAAGACUCUCUGUGUUGCUUUGGACAGUGAGAGAGGCAGGAAAUGUUUGAAAUAUUUUCAACAUGCUUGUUACAGUACCUUCCCUGUUUAUUUAGGGAGCCUUGUCUUUUUUUUGUUUUUUUCUUAUUGUUGUAUGUUUGUCAGUUCCUUAGUUUGUCUAUAGCAUUUCUGUGUACUUUUUUUUUUUUUGCCAGAAAAGUAAUGCUGAGAAAAAGAACAGUAUUAAAAUUCCUGUAAUGAUAA